CUCCUCCGCCCGCGCCCGCGCCUUCCCCGCCCCCUCCGCCCUCUGCCCCGCCGCCGCCGCCUCCGGCUCCCGCUUCGCCGCCGCCUCUGCUCGGCCCGGGGCCCUGAGAGGCGGCCACCUUGGGUCUCCCUCGCGGGCCCGGGGCGCAGGCAUGGCGGACGGCGGCGGCGGCGCGGGCGGCGGGGGCGCGGGCCCGGCGGCGGCGGGGCCGGGGGCGGCCGCGGCAGGCGGCGGCGGCGGCGGCGGCCCCAUCAACCCGGCCUCGCUGCCGCCCGGGGACCCGCAGCUCAUCGCGCUCAUCGUGGAGCAGCUCAAGAGCCGCGGCCUGUUUGACAGCUUCCGCCGGGACUGCCUGGCCGACGUGGACACCAAGCCGGCCUACCAGAACCUGAGGCAGAAAGUGGAUAACUUUGUCUCCACACAUCUGGACAAGCAGGAGUGGAACCCGACGAUGAACAAGAACCAGCUGCGGAACGGCCUGCGGCAGAGUGUGGUUCAGUCGGGGAUGUUGGAAGCCGGAGUGGACAGGAUCAUCUCUCAGGUGGUGGACCCCAAACUGAACCACAUCUUCAGGCCACAGAUCGAGCGAGCCAUCCACGAGUUCCUGGCGGCCAAGAAGAGGGAAGCCGCACCGGCGCCCCCUCCGGAGCCGGAGGGCCAGGACGGCCCGGGCCCCGCCCAGGACGCCUCCUAAGGCGGUGCCUGGUGUUUUUGGAAGCUCCAUUGCAGAGGUGAAGUGGAUUCCGUUCGUGACGUACGGCUUCAGAAUGAAGGCAGGCCACGGCCGUCGCUGAUCUCACCUUUGCCUUUGGAGCAUGGCCCACGCUGACCGGGGAGCGAGGUCGGCGGCAGGAAUGCUGGCCCAGGGACCACACCAGCAGACACUACAGAGAACGAGGAAACACUACAUCCACUGGGCUGUCCUCAAACAGACCUCAUACUUGAACUUGGAGCCUGCGGGUGGGUUUUGGAGUUUGUGCUCCGGGA